CAGUUCGAUCGGAAUGAAUUAAGUUAAUCCCCAAGGCGAUUUGAUUCCAAGUUAGCUUCUUGACAGGCAGGGCCCUGCGUUUCAACAGUAAACCAAGCCCCACCACACCCAAAAAUUCCACUGCGGGGCACUGAUUUUCCACUGAGCUGCAGACCGGAAAAGGUCGUCAUCGCAAUCAGCAUUGCAUCCCAGGUCGCGACACAGAGGAUCCAAAACCUGAGCAAAAGCACCUUCAAGCCAUGGCCAAGUCAAAGCGCAACAUUCUCGCGGCCGCGCAGGAGACCCUUACUCCUCCCGAAGAGUUGACCGAAUCCCAAUCCAUCGCCCGCGUACUCCAAGUCGAGGGCAACAAUCUUUACAUCUGCGAGCUGCCCAACACCAAGACCAUCGUCGUCGAACUCCAGUCGCGCUUUCGCGGUACCAUUUUCAUCAAGAGAGGUGGAUAUGUCCUGGUAGACUUGGCUUCGGCUGCCGAAAGGCCUGCUGCCAGCAGAGUGGUUGGCGAAAUCAUCAACAUCGUGCGCGAUGAAAAGGAGUGGAGGAAGCAAGCCUAUUGGCCCAAGAAAUUCGAGAAAAAGACCUACGACGACGACUCGGACAGCGAAGAAGAGUCCAACGUGGGAAAGAUGCCGCCAAGCGAUUCGGAGGACGAAGACGAGCGCUGAUCGAGCUGGGCGUGGAGCCGGGGUCUCCGUCUACUCCC